AUGGCCGACCGCGCCCGCCUGCUAGACUCGGACUCGGAGCCGGAGCAGCCGGACCCCGUCGCGGCCCGGGCGACUAUCGCGCCGUACCUCGAGGACGUCGACAGCUACAUGCGGUCCCUGGAGGAUGCGCUGAGGAGGCCGAGGGACUACAUGCUGCCGGUGGAAAUUACACAGGGAGCUAUCACCCCUACUAAAAGGGCCAAGGUAGUGGACUGGCUCGUGGAAGUGGCUGCUGACUUCAAGCUUCUGGCUGACACGCUUCACCUUGCGGUUUCAUAUUUCGAUCGCUUCCUCUCAGUGGGUGUCAUUAUCCCCAGCGAGCUGCAGCUGCUGGGUGUGACUGCAUUGCUUGUGGCUGCGAAAUUUGAAAAUGAUAUGCAUAAGGUGGGGGAAUACAGUGACAUUACUGACAACACAUACACCAAACAGCAGGUGGUGAAGAUGGAGGCAGACAUACUGAAAUUGCUCAAGUUUGAGAUGGGGAGCCCCACUGCAAGAACUUUUCUACGGAGAUACAUAACUAUGUGCCGUCGAGGCGAUCGUGCAAAAGCAAGAACUCUGGAGUUUAUGUGUAGCUACCUUGCGGAAUUAAGCUUGCUGGACUAUGACUGCACAAUGUUCAAGCCAUCAGUUGUUGCUGCUGCCUGCCUUUUUCUGGCCAGGUUCACAAUCAGCCCAAAAAACCGUCCUUGGAACCGGACGCUGCAACGAAAAACGGGCUACAAGGUCUCUGAUUUAGACAGUUGCAUCUUGACGAUACAUGAGUUGCAGUUGAUUGGAAGGUACCCAGGCUUGGAAGAAGAAGCCAUAAAACUCAAGUAUAGUCAUUCUGAGGUUGUUUGUUUGAUCAUUGUACAGCUUGAGAGUGUGUCGGCAAUGGCUUCACCACGAAAAAUCCCCGAGAAAUUCCUCAAGGACAUCAAACAGUGA